AUUAGGAUAAACGAAUAUUAUUAAAGCGGCACCGAGAAUAUAAAAAAAAACAAAAAAAAAAAAACAAUAGCACAGAGAAAGGGGAAUCAUCGAUCUUGUAAUUGUAAUUUGCAACGGAACUUUUUUCCUUAGUUCCCAUAUCUGUGUGGAGACGACAAGUGCCACUCAUUCGUGAAGACACAGAGAGGUCAUAUCCUUUGCUCUCAAAGGAUAUAAACCUCAGAUUUUGGUUCCUCUGCGUUUUAACGCGUUUGGAAGGACCACGCGCUUCUUCGCUUAUACACUAAGUUUGCCACAAUUCAUUUUGCCUGCUCGCGAUCCGCUUUUGAUUUGGAGUGAAACGCUGCGUAAAGGGGUCGCCAAAAUGUGGUGGAUGAUGGCCGAGACUGGUGGCAAUUACUGCUCUAAGAAGAAAGAUGAUUUGUGCAGCAAUGUUUGUGGCCAGGAAUCAAGUCAAGUAUCGGGCAUGUCAAGAGUUCGCUGCAUUCUGCGUGGGUUGGAUGUGAAAACCUAUAUAUUCAUGUUUGCUGUUGUCCCAAUGUGCAUCUUUGGAAUCUAUAUACAUGGGCAGAAGAUCUCCUACUUUCUGCGGCCGCUAUGGGAGAAACCACCCAAGCCUUUCAAUGUCAUCCCUCAUUACUAUAACGAAAAUGUCACCAUGGAGACUCUAUGCAAACUUCAUGGAUGGGGUGUCCGGGAGUACCCUAGACGUGUUUAUGAUGCUGUGUUGUUCAGUAAUGAGUUGGAAAUACUUAACUUGCGCUGGAGAGAAUUGUACCCUUACAUCACUGAAUUUGUUCUCCUGGAGUCAAAUUCUACAUUUACCGGAUUGCCUAAGCCCCUGGUUUUCAAGAGCAACAGGGAGCAGUUCAGCUUUGUCGAGCCCCGGUUAACUUAUGGGACAAUUGGUGGGAGAUUUAAGAAAGGAGAAAACCCAUUUGUUGAGGAGGCAUAUCAGCGUGUGGCGUUGGACCAACUCCUCAAGAUAGCUGGUAUCACUGAUGAUGACUUGUUGAUUAUGUCUGAUGUGGAUGAGAUACCAAGUGCUCACACUCUUAACCUCUUGAGGUGGUGUGAUGAAGUACCCUCAAUCCUUCAUCUGCAGCUGAAAAAUUAUCUCUAUUCAUUCGAAUUUCGCGUGGAUGAUAAGAGCUGGAGGGCUUCAAUCCAUAGGUAUCAAUCUGGUAAGACAAGGUAUGCACAUUAUCGCCAGUCUGAUGACAUGUUGGCAGAUGCUGGCUGGCAUUGUAGCUUUUGCUUUCGUCGAAUCAGCGAUUUCAUUUUCAAGAUGAAAGCCUACAGUCAUUAUGAUAGAGUCAGGUUCUCUCAUUAUUUAAAUCCUGAAAGAAUUCAGAAAGUAAUCUGCAAAGGGGGUGAUUUAUUUGAUAUGCUGCCAGAGGAGUACACUUUCAAGGAUAUCAUUGGUAAAAUGGGACCAAUACCCCAUUCCUAUUCUGCAGUUCAUCUUCCUGCUUUUCUUCUGGAAAAUGCUGAGGAGUAUAAAUUUCUCUUGCCUGGAAAUUGCAAGAGAGAGAGAUGAUCUUGGAAAGUCAUUUGUGAUACUGGCUUGUUUCUAAGCUUGUAGCUUGUACAGCUCAAGUGACUAUCCUCUCGGAAGUUUAAAUUGAGGUUGUGAUGACUGUGUGUCAAUGUCAUUAUCAUUGUCCAGUGAGAUAUUCUUUGGAAUUCAUUAAUUUCAGAUAAAUUCUUUAAUCUAGGGGGAAUUCUGUAUAUAUUUUAGAGCUGGACUUCAUUCAAGGGGGGAUCGACAUCUCAGCUGAUGAACGACUGAAAGUGCUGUUUGAGAACAGGCUUGCCUUCGCGAACUGUGUUUAUUUGGUAUUAAUGUGAUUGAUCCUCAUAUAUACGAGAGUAGUUUAAAAUUCCCCACUUUUUCCAGUUUGGGAAGUUUUGUUUUUGCAGACCAAUUUAUUUUCUUAUUAUUCUUUGUUUAUGCUAAAUAUGUCUAAUCCGAUUGCUUGGACUAUCAUAACAUUGUUGACUCAGUUUUUUCGCAUUAUAUAAAUAUAGCUUGGUUGUUAUCAAUUGGAUACCGUUCCAAUAUGUAUUUUA